AUGGAGAAUUAUUCGCAAGCUCUCUCAAUUUUUCAAUUCUGGUAUAAUCCAAGAGGGGACGUGAUAUAUGUAUGGUACAUGGAUGACAGCGAUGAGGACCAGAGGCUUCCUCAGCACCAUGAUCCAAAGAAAUUUGUGUCUCUUGACAAGUUUACUGGUAAAGAUCAGGCUAAGAAUUAUAUCUUAUAUGGAUACAAGUCAGUCCCUUUUUUUAUGAGUACUAAAGCUUUAAGGAUUCAUAAUUUGCUUCAAGAUUUCUUUGAGGUUUACCCUGAGAAACUACCAAAUUACGAGGAGAAGAUCAAGAGCUUUUUUGAAGAACACUUCCAUACCAAUUAG